AUAGUUUGAAACCCUCUCCGCCCUCUCUUCUUUUGGCCUCCUCGCCGCCUCUCUCUCUUUCUCCCUCUCGCUCUCCGACGAUCUCUCUCCUCUCUCCUCUCUCCUCUCUCCUUCGAACUCCAGCCACCAUCAAGCGGCGGCGCCCAAUUUCCGCCCCCAAGGACCUUAAACUCUAAAAGCUAAAAAUGAAGACAUUCUCAGGGACUGUCAUCUCCUCAAAGCCAAUUCCGCUCUCCAAAGCUACCUCUGUUCUGUCCACAUUCGUCUCCACCGAGAAUGGUGCUUCCCAAGCUAUUGCUGCGUACCUUCGUCGCACCUUGGCAUCAUUUAAGGAGUUAAAACAGCUUCACAAGGAGCUUAAGACUGAUCGAUCAGAACACAAGCGGAAAAGACGCAGAUCAGAGAUUGCUGACGAUGGAGAGACAAACGUAGUAGAAAAUGCCACUGUAAUUGUAGAGGCAAGUCAAGAACUGCACCUGGAAUCACUAGAGCCGAAGCGCAAAAAACACCGGAGGUAAAUUAGUCGUUUGAUCGGUUGUUCAUCGCGUAAGAAUCUCUAGCAGUUUUCCAUUUCAGCUAGACAUAAUGGAUGCUUACAAUGUUUAUCGGAAGAACAACGAGUAUAUUGCUGAAUUUUGGAUUUCUCACUUGUAGUUUUUGCCCAAUUCUCCUGUUUAUGUUCAACUCAGAAGUUAUCUUAAAUUAGGUGCACA